CAACUCGUUCUUGCUUAUUCCCCAGUGCUUUUAGUUUUCUCGGUCCCUAACCAUGUCAGGACGCGGCAAGACCGGUGGCAAAUCUCACGCAAAGGCAAAGUCCCGCUCUUCCCGCGCCGGCCUGCAGUUCCCCGUGGGCCGCGUUCACAGGCUGCUCCGCAAGGGCAAUUACGCCCAGCGGGUCGGCGCUGGAGCACCCGUCUACCUGGCAGCCGUGCUCGAGUACCUCUCUGCCGAGAUCCUCGAGCUGGCUGGCAAUGCCGCCCGCGACAACAAGAAGACGAGGAUCAUCCCCCGACACUUGCAGCUCGCCGUGCGCAACGACGAGGAGCUGAACAAGCUCAUGGGCGGCGUGACCAUCGCCCAGGGCGGUGUGUUGCGAAACAUCCAGACCAUGCUGCUGCCCAAGAAGAUCUCUCAGGCAAAGAAGUGAACGCGCCGCCGCCUC